AGCACUUAACUGGAGCAAACUUCCAGGAGGUGAAGUGGAUAACUUCAAUCUUUCUGCUCUUAAGUGGAACUUCUGGCCCAUUCUGAUAUCUCCAUUGCAUUCUACAUCAAGAACCUAUCAGUAUUAUUCAGGGUGUGAACAGGAAAUACACUCGACUGCUCAGGCAAGCUGUCGGAGGCAGUUUGCUACAGUUACCUUUCUGAAAACAAGUCACUGGUACAGGUCAGAAAAAUGGACCCAGCUGUUUAUUUCAAAGUCUCAGACUCACAACUUACUUUUACUGCCAACAAUUUCAACCACUUAAAGGUUUCUUCAUCAGAGUGUAGGUCCAGUCUGCCAAAUACUUCCAAGCCGAUUCAGACGACUUUCAGGAGUACAGCAAGAAAUGAUGCUCAGGACAUAAAUGGGAGAAAUACCCCAAGCACAGUCAAAUCACACACAAGUCCAAAGCCUCAAGUGCCUCGAAAACCCUCACAUCUUCAAAAUUCUCCAAUACACCAGACAAGCCAAACUCCAGAGAACAAGGCAUUACACAGUGAGAAAGCGAGGAUGGACACCUUCAUACCAUCCAGCCCGUGCAAAGAGAAAGUUGGCAAGGUGUCUGAUCUCAUAAACCGGUUUCAAGGAAGCAGUCCAGUGAGCCCUAAUGAUUUGAAGAAAGACGUUCAAAGUGGGUCACCUUCUCCUCGAAAUCCUGCAAGACCUUUGAUUAAUUCUCAUCAGCCGAAACUGCUGUCGGACCACCCUAUUCUUCAGCGACAGAGGACAGACACUGUGAAAGCAAAUUGUGCUGCAGAAUUUGCUUCCGAUACAGGGCUUCAGCCAGCCAAUGGACUGGUAAAAUCACUUCCAGCAGAUUGCACUGAAACCAGCAGUCGUACAGUAAACCCAAUGAUGAACAAUAAACAACCAAACAGGGAACAAGCUGCUGCCUUGAAUCAGUUGCCAUCUACAAAUAGCCACACAAGAGCGGAUGACCUAAAUGCUGUCUCGAAUCCACAUGGGAAACAAAGAGAGGCAUUUGAAGUACAAACACAGACCGUUCUGGAAGCAAAGGAAACUUGGAAUGGAGAAAUACCAACAACUGAAAAUGAAUUGAGUGUAGAAAAGAAGGAAACAAAUGAAGAAAAGCUGUAUAAAAUUGCUAAUGAGCUUUUGCUGACAGAGAGAGCUUAUGUGAACAGACUUCAUCUGUUGGACCAGGUUUUCUGUGCCAAGUUGUUGGAGGAAGCCAACAGCAAGGGUUCCUUUCCUGCAGAGGUAGUGGCCAAAAUCUUUUCCAACAUUUCAUCCAUUUAUGUCUUCCACAGUCAAUUUCUACUGCCAGAGCUGGAAACGCGCAUGAAUCUUUGGAAUACUACACCACAGAUAGGGGAUAUUUUGCAGAAAUUAGCUCCAUUUCUGAAGAUGUACGGCGAGUAUGUGAAAAACUUUGAAAAGGCCAUGGCACUACUGAAAACAUGGAUGGGCAGAUCACCACAGUUCAAAGCUAUCGUUGAGGAAAUUCAGAAACAAGAGAUCUGUGGAUCCCUCACAAUACAACAUCAUAUGUUAGAACCUGUCCAAAGAAUUCCUCGCUAUGAGCUACUUCUCAAGGAUUAUUUGAAGAAACUACCGCAGGACUCUUUAGAUAGGAAAGAUGCUGAGAAGUCCCUUGAAAUUAUCUCCACUGCCGCCACCCAUUCGAAUGCGGCAAUCCGUAUGAUGGAAAAGAUGAAGAAGUUGAUCGAUGUGUAUGAAAUGUUAGGUGGUGAAGAGGAGGAUAUAGUUAAUCCUUCAAAUGAACUAAUUAAAGAGGGACAAAUCCUUAAACUGGCUGCUCGCAACACUUCCUCACAGGAAAGAUAUCUUUUCUUGUUAAACAACAUGUUGCUGUACUGUGUUCCAAAGUUUAGUUUGGUAUUUACAAGAUAUACUGUUCGAACGAAAAUUGGCAUUGAAGGCAUGAAGGUCAUUGAGACCCAUAACAAAGACUAUCCAAACACAUUCCAGGUCUCUGGAAAAGAACGAACAUUAGAGUUGCAGGCCAGCUCUGAUCAAGACAAGGAAGAAUGGAUAAAGGCUCUAAAAUAUACAAUACAGGAUUUUAAUCAGAAAAAUGAAACUUUCAGAUCUGCAAUAGCUAAAGAAGGGGAGGACCAGGCUUCUGAAGUUUCAACAGCAGAAUUGGGAAUGAGGGCGCCGAGGUGGAUUCGUGACAAUGAAGUUACUUUGUGCAUGAAAUGUAAGGAACCUUUCAAUGCACUGACGAGGCGAAGACAUCACUGUCGUGCAUGUGGAUGUGUUGUAUGUUGGAAGUGUUCUGAUUAUAAAGCAAGCCUUGCCUAUGACAGCAACAAACCCAACAAAGUAUGUAAAGAUUGUUAUGUCAUAAUAACAGGACAAACUGACAGUGAAGAGAAAGAUGAUAAAAAAAAGAAAGGAAUUCUUGAGAUUGAGGCUGCUGAAGUCUCUGAAAAUUGUAUCAUCUGCAAUUUUCUUCAUUAUCUGGAGAAGCCUGCCAAACCAUGGCAGAAAGUGUGGUGUGUGAUUCCUAAGAAUGAGGGAUUGGUUCUGUACAUGUAUGGAGCGCCCCAGGAUGUGAAGGCACUAGCCACAAUUCCUCUUCUUGGCUAUACGAUAGAAGAAAAUCCACGAGGUGUUGAUGGGUCUCAUGUGUUCAGCCUUAAACAGUCGAGGUUCAUCCAUACUUUUGCUGCAGACUCUGAUAAUCAGAAGCAACAAUGGCUAAAAAUAAUCAGCAUGGCUGUAAAGGGGGAAACACCCACAGACAAUGAUGAUUUCAGUAGCGAUGAGGCCUCUACUUGUUGACUAAGCAUUCGGUCUGAGGCAGGUUAAGCUACCAGUAGAUGGCGCAGAGAAUCCAAAGCCACUUAAAGGAUGUGGUAUCUUAUGUGGAAAAAAAAUGUAAAUCUUCUUCAAAUGAAAUGUCUGUAUUCACUAUCUCUUGUCCUUACAUCUCUGAACAAUCCUACAGCAACCAACAUCUGCAUUAUUCAAUCACUUUUGUAAUUAUUGACACCAGAUCUCUUGAGUGUCUGGGUUAUCCAUAAACACAGUCCAGCAUGAACUUAUAGCAUUUAAGAAAACACUGGACAUUUAAAUAAGCUCUAAGUUAUGGUGAUGUUAUACUUUCUGUCUUUUUGACUGCUUUUUGUUCAAGCAGUAAAUUUAAUGUGGUGCACAUGAUGCAUAGGCAGAAUGGGAAUUUAUGAACUGUGAAGUUGUGAUCCAUAGCUCAGAUACCCAGACUGCCUUCUGAGGUUUCAAUACAAAAGAACAAACCUAAGUUUUUUUUUGAGACUAUUAAUCUCUGUAUUUGAAAUUGAUUUGUCUGACUUCCUUGUGCUUUAAGCAGUGGCAAAGAAAUGAUGUAUUAUUGUAUUUAUUAAAGCUAUAAGUACCCUUUUAUUGCCUCACCUGUAGCAGGUGCAGGUUAACUUGGUAUACCCAAAGGUACAUGUGCAUAUAAAGUGGUUAAUUAUUAAGAAUUAACCAGCUUCCUAAACUAAAGGCAUCCAGCAACCAUUUAAUAGUGAUAAUUUUGCUGCACUACAAAAUGAUAGGAAUUGGCAUUGACAAAAGAGAACAGGUUAAUCUCUUAACUCUUAAUAAAGGAUUUCAGUGGUGACUCUCCACCCUCAGUUGAGCAAAUGGUCAACCAAGGAUGGAAUUGACAAUCAGAAAAAGGCAGAAACAUGCUAAUCUUCAUAAUUGUGUUCAGCAGUGCUAUUGCCUUUGUCCUGGGGGAAGAUUAAUCUCUCAUCCCCUCAGACUAUGAACAGUAUUUGAUGACAGAAGAGGGUGACCCUAUAAAUUGGGAGGAGAGAAAAUCAUCUACAAAAAUUCAGUCAGGAAAUAAACAUAAAACAAACAUAUUGGGCACCAAAAAUAUAUCUUUAACAAGAUAGACACUUUAACCUGAAUAAAUUAUAGAGUCAAAGGCUCCAUAACACACUAAGAGAGGGUCCGAUUGAGUAUAAUCUAAAUAAGUCAAAUGAAAUAGUUUAAACUCAUUACUGCCUUCAGAUCCUGUUAUCUUGUAUGUAAAUAUGUACAAUAUAUGGAAAAACAGCUCAUUCUCCUUGCUUGCAAAUUUUCUGUAGAAUGAUGAGAUCAAACAGAUUUAAAUAUUCUGAUGCUAAAUGACAAGAGCCUCUCACAAAAUGUGAUAGGAAAAUGAGCAGCUGAAGAGAAAAGCAAAAUUGCUGAUUUUAAUUACUUUACAGUGUGGAUUAAUGAUCUAUUUAUCUUGAUUGUUUAACAGUCUUUGCUACCUGUUCAUCUUUAACUAUAACAUGCAAUGUUUGGUGACUUUGUUUAUAUGUAGAAUUUGAAAAGCAAUCCUGGUUCAGAUCACUGGAAAGCUUUGCUCCUGCUGUCCAGUCCACUGAUCAGAGAAAUUUUGUUGAGUACAAGUGCCCAGUAUUGCAAGUUAAGCAUUGUCUGUCAUUGCUCUCAUUAUAAAAUGAUCUGGAGCAGGAAUAGUUCAACUUUAAUUCAAGUGAACUGUAGCAUUUGAAAUUUUUGUAUGUGUCUGGAGAUUAAGGGUUCUCUUCACUUGAACAUGCAACAAAAUGGAGACCAAACAAGCUACUACAAUUAAUCUUUUUAAAUAGGAUAUCAUUCCAUGGUAUCUCAUGGCAGAUAUGAUCUGUUAAAGAUAAUGUGCAAAAAUAUUUUUAUAAAUGAAUUAGAUUUUUGCCACACAUACCACAAGGCAAAAACCUGUUCCCUAAGUCGUGUCAAAGAAAUGCUUGUUAAAUACAUUUUUCUGCUGAUAAUGCUUCUUUAAAAAAAAUAUAUAACCCAUUUAUGCUACCCUUAUCCAGAAAGGAGUGAGAAGUUUGACAUGCCUUCUCUCCAUUCACACUCUCCCACCAACCCUACACAAACACCACCUGCUUUCAGUUUCAUCUAAGAUGCCCUGGCACUUGUUCAUGCUCAGUACCACCUCAGGCCCACAGAACCGUCCCAUGUAUCUUUUCAAUGUACAGCUCAUGAUCAGCUGGGACAAUGUUUGAGCAAGAUUAGAAUGGUUCAAGAGGGGCUUAAAAUAAAAGGUUCUUAAGAUGUAAAUGCAUUUUCUGACAAAAAAGCAGAUGGUAUUUAUAAUAAGUUUGUGAGGGAGCAGGUUGCUCUUGAAGAUUGUCUCCGCUUGAAAAAAAAAGUUAUUUAAUGAUAUUGCAAAAAAUUAUCAUCGAAAAGAAUGCUUGUUAACCAGAUAGUAAGCCAGAUAGUAUUAAAUCCCAGGGAAAUGCACUGUAUUGUGAAUUUUAAACACUCCAUUUUUAAAGAAAAGGUUAAUUUUAUGUGGUAAAUGGAGCACUUUAGAGUUCAUUCACUUGAAUGCUUACACUAACUCCACUGUGCACGAUGACUUAGAGAACGUACACGUGUCAUUUUAUCUUUUAUUCUACUUUACCAGUUUUGUGAAUGAGUGCUAUGGAUCUUUAAUUCCAUUUGCUCCACAUUGCAGAAGAUGCUUUACAUUACAGUAUCUGCGCUCUACACGUUGGAAGACUUGUUUUUGCAUGUUUGUUUUAAAUAUUGUUCUGCAUUCACUGUAAUCACCCAGCCUCAAACUUGCUUAAUUUGUAUUAGCACUUCAACAUGUUAGCACACACAGGCUGUAUCGUUGAUAUCAUAAUUCCCAGCAUAGUUUAAAUUGAAAAUGAUUGCAGUGUUCUUUAAUAUUGAUUGGCUGGCAUGAGAAUUCAUGUAUAUACAGUCUUUGUAAAUCUCCAAUCAGUACAGUAUUAAAAGUGAAUCAAUAGAA